UCCACUCUAAACUAAAGGCAGAAUUUGCAAAAUCUCAGUCUACAUAUUUCCCUUGUCGGAUUUAAAUACAGAUAAAAGAUCUUAUCAACAAAAAAAAACGUCAUUAGACCUUGAGUUUUGAUAAAUAACUAAUUUAACAGGAGUUGAAAGAUUAUUGCAGUUCAGUGUCAGCCUUGUACAGAGUGGAACUGGACAGGAAAAAAAUAAUAAAACCAUGGAAACUAUAAAUUUUGGCGCUGGCCCUGCCAAACUGCCCAGAGAGGUGUUGUGCAAGAUACAAAACGAACUGCUUGACUAUGGAAACACAGGGAUGAGUGUUAUGGAAAUGAGCCAUCGGUCAGCCGAAUAUGAAAACAUAAAUAACAAAGCUCAACAAUGUGUCAGAGAAAUUUUGAAUGUGCCAGAUAACUAUAAAGUACUUUUCCUACAAGGAGGCGGUACAGGGCUCUUUGCUGCUGUUGCCAUGAAUCUUAUUAAUAGGACAGGUUCCGCGGACUACUUAGUAACUGGAUCUUGGUCAGCAAAAGCGGCAAAAGAGGCUGCCAAGUAUGGAAAAGUAAAUUUGGUAUUGCCAAAAACUGACAAAUAUGUAGAUGUACCGAGCCAAGAUACAUGGAACCUUGAUCCGAAUGCAUCAUACGUUUAUUACUGCGCUAAUGAAACUGUUCAUGGUGUUGAAUUUCAGUUUGUGCCCGACACCAAAGGAGUACCUCUUGUUGCUGAUAUGUCCUCCAACAUGCUUUCGCGUCCGGUCGAUGUGAAAAAGUUUGGUGUCAUAUUCGCUGGAGCUCAGAAAAAUAUCGGACCUGCAGGUGUCACACUGGUGAUUGUACGGGAAGAUCUUUUAGGAAAACCAAUGCCCGUUUGUCCAACAGUGUGGGAUUUUACUGUAAUGGCGAAAGACAACUCUCUUCACAACACUCCACCCACUUUUUGCAUUUAUGUUAUGGGUGAAGUCUUCGAUUGGAUUAAAAAAAAUGGAGGAGUGGAAGGAAUGGAGAAGAGGGCAAAAGAGAAAAGCAAAAUGAUCUACUCGGCAAUCGACAAUUCCGACGGGUUUUAUAUAUGCCCCGUUAAAGACGCUGUGAGGUCUAGAAUGAAUGUACCUUUUAGAAUAAGUAAGACUGAAUUGGAGGAAGAAUUUUUAAAGGAGGCAAAGAAAUUGAAGAUGAUUCAAUUGAAAGGGCACAGAUUGGUCGGAGGAAUCAGGGCAUCUAUAUAUAAUGCCAUUUCAGUUGAAGAAACCACAUUUCUUUUCAAAUUUAUGAACGAUUUCAAGAACAAAUACAGCUAAAUAUUGUGAUCGCCAUAGUUUAUAUUAUUAGGCAUCUUUUACUGAAGCGAAUAAAUCGUCCAGUUUAUCUUCUA